AUGUGUGAUCCAAUGACCUAUCCACUCCUAUUUCCCAAUGGAGAUAAUGGCGGGGAUCAAAACAUGAUUCACAGUAACCCAGCUAUUUCAAACCACUGCCAAACUAAUGAAGACAAUAGCGGAAAAGAAGACAUGACUGAUCGUGAAGCUCAAGUUGUAAGGGAUGCUGCAGAAGAUACUGGACUAGACGUUGUAGAACCGAUUCAUGUCAUUGAAUUCCAAAAGCAUGGUCUUCCCCAUGUCCAUCUACUAAUGUGGGUAGAUGCCAGUGACGUUCCAAUGACUGAAGACGAUAUAGACAAGACAAUUUGUGCUGAGAUUCCGGAUCCAGUUAAAAGCCCAAGACUUCACAAGAUUGUAAUGAGCAACAUGAUUCACGGUCCAUGCGGAAAAGACAUUAAUCGCAAUUCUCCUUGCAUGGAUGGUGACAUUUGCACAAAAUCUUUUCCGAAACCGUUUGCGGAAGUAACGGUUAUCAACGGAAAUGGAUAUCCUACUUAUCGGAGGAGAAAUACCGGUUGCAGCUACUCGCUAAACAACAGCAGCAGCAGUCAUCGAGUGGAUAAUAGCUGGGUCGUCCCUUACAACUCUUACCUUUCACUAAAGUUCAACUCACACAUCAAUCUUGAGUUUUGCGCGUCCAUUACCAGCAUUAAGUAUAUUUUCAAGUACAUAUACAAAGGACAUGAUUGCGCAAAUAUUCAGAUAAGCAGAGGAGAAAAUCAAGAAGGUCAACAACGCAUUGUAUGGGACGAAAUAACUACUUUCUUAGACACGAGAUAUGUCAGUGCCCCUGAAGCCUCUUGGAGAAUUUUCAAGUAUCCACUUUCUUACCGUUCACACGCUGUUAUUCGACUUGCUAUCCAUCUUCCUCAAGAACAAUCGGGUUUUUUUCAUCCAGGAAUGGAAGAGCAAGCAACCGCCCGGAAAUGGAAACCGAGAAAAAAGAGGAUUAACGUCAUUGGCCGCAUUUAUUCCGUUACCGUCAAGCAAGUCGAAAGACACAGUCUACGAUUGCUUCUUAUCAAUGUACCUGGUGCAACCAGCUUCGAAUAUUUGAGGACAGUCAACGGGAUCCUACAUCCAGCAUUCAAAGAAGCUGCCAUAGCAAGAAACCUUUUGGCAGAUGAUAGCGUUUGGGAACGCGUGAUGGCGGAAGCAAUCGAAUUUGAAAUGCCCGUCCAAUUAAGACAAUUGUUUGUCAACAUUUGCGUUCAUUGCUCUCCAACAAACGCUCGGGUACUGUUAGACAAGAACCUUUCAUAUCUCAUGGAAGAUUAUACGAGACGUGGUCAUGAAGAUGAAAUUGCGAAAAACCUUGCGCUGAAAUGUAUUCAAGAUAUGUUGAGGCAAAGGGGUCACAAUCUUGAAGAAUUUCAAUUGGAAGUUCCUGAUUUUCAAAUGAUUCAUCGACUGAUUGAAGAUGGAGAAGAUGAAAGCUUGGACGAAAUGCGUGCUCAAAAGAGGAGAAGAGGAGAACUAAUGGUUGCUCAGCUGAACGUGGAACAGCAAGCAAUCUUUGACCGUGUCAUGACGUCAGUCAAUGAUAACGUUUGUUCUUCUACAAAUCAUCAGUAUUUUUUGGAUGGACCAGGUGGUACUGGAAAAACAUUUCUCUACAAUACACUCAUUAAUGUGCUUGAAGGACAAGGAAAAUCGGUUAUUGCUGUGGCUUCAACUGGAAUCGCUUCAAUUCUGCUGUGUAAUGGGAGUACUUACCAUUCUCGCUUCAAAAUCUAUCCUCCCAUCGCGGAAACAACAACAACAAAAAUAGAAGAGCACCAUAUUGAAGCAAACAACAUAAGGAAAGUCAGUCUGAUUAUCAUUGACGAGGUCACUAUGAUGACGGUACAUGCACUAGACGCAAUCGAUAAACUUUUAAAAAAGGUUACGAAAAAGUCAGUUGCUUUCGGUGGCAAAAUUCUGUUGUUGGGAGGAUAUGUUUGUCAGUGCCUUCCUGUCAUUAAACACGGAAACAGGGUAAAAGUCGUUGAAUCUACCAUUAAAAGCAGCGGGACUUGGAGUGAAAUUUUUAAGUUCCGUUUGACUCGGAAUAUGCGAACUGCGGACGAUAGCCUCGAAUUUGCUAACUGGCUCAUUGAACUUGGAAAUUCAGCUCAUUCAAGAACUGCAGGUCUGGGACCAGAUGCGAUAGAGAUACCUCAGGACUUUAUUCUUAAUGAACAUUCAGAAGAGUCAUUGGUGUAUCAUGUUUUUGGAAACCCCGAAAAUCUACUGCAUUCAGAAACAGAAGAACAAAUUAGCAAUCGGGCUAUUUUGUGUCCUAAAAACGACGACUGCUUAAAGAUCAACAAUUACAUCAUAAGACAGAUGCCAGGACACCGACGAAGGUAUGCCAGCAUGAACUCAAUUGAUUCGGAAGACCCAGAGGAAAUUGCAAACUUCCCAACCGAGUUUCUUGACACCUUAAAGGUAUCAGGGAUACCACCGCACAUUUUGGAACUAAAAGUGGGUGCCAUAAUCAUCCUUCUUAAAAACAUCGAUUCGCGUCAAGGGCUGUGCAAUGGAACGCGUUUGAUAAUCAAAAGUCUAACGGACAACCUCAUUCAUGCAACCAUAGCAGCAGGAAAAAAUAAAGGUCACAAUGUCUUCAUCCCCCGAAUGAAUAUGUCCCCCAGUGACUGCGAUCUUCCGUUCAAGCUCAUAAGAAACCAAUUCCCUGUGCUUUUAGCUUUUGCUAUUACCAUCAAUAAGUCACAAGGAAAGACGUUCGACAAAGUUGGUAUCCAUCUUCCUGAACCAGUAUUCAGCCACGGACAAUUAUAUGUAGCAUUUUCCCGUGCCACUUCUCGCGCAGGAGUAAAGGUCCAAUGGAUGGUAGGACCAAAGCAGGGGAAAAUGCUAAAAGACGAAAGGGUUUUUACACAAAAUAUUGUGUUUAAAGAAGCUUUGUCUUAA